AAUAUGUUGAAUCAUGGUGUAAGUAAAAAAGUAAAAAUAAUAAAUCCUUGUUUUUAUGACAUGAAUAACAUUGGAAGUCCUCAUUCUCUUAUUACUCCCAAUAAUAUUCAGAUUCAAUUAUUUUGGAUAUACUAUAGACUAACAAUGUUUGCUGUUAUAUUUAGUGUAAAGCAAAACUAUAUGGUUCUAGAUCUAGAGCUGCAAUGUUAGCAAAAUGUAAUCUGACCACUGUAACAGAGUUGAACAUGAUUGUUAUAAUAUGUGAUUUGACUCGGAGAGAGGGAGAGAGGGUGAGACAGAGAGAGAGAUCAGUUUGAGUUUUUAGGGUUUCUUGUUUUGCUUCUUCUUGUGGUUCAGUGUUCAACCUGGUUUUUUCUCAUCCCUUAUGAUGCCUUUUUUUUCUUGAGAGUCAUACUAUUCAAUGAGGCUCUUUUUGGGUUGUUUUCAGCUUUCAUUUUAUUUUAUUUUUCACGUGCAGUGAGGAUACUUUUGUUUUCUCUACAAUUGUUCAUUUUUAGUUUUUUUAGAUUUUUGCUAAAAGAAAUUAUUAGCAAAUUACACUAUGUGACCAUAAAAGACCAUUAUGGUCGUUUUGUGAUCAUAAAUUUACACGGUGUGAAUAUUUAUACUUACAAACUGUUUUCAUUUUAUAAAAACAAAAAAUUGAUUUUAAAAACUAAUAAAGGGCCUUUGGUCGAAUUUUUAAAGAAUAAUAUUUUAAAAAUUGAAUUAAAAAAAAUAAUAAACAUAAUUCAUUAAAAUGUUGUUUUCUAAUUUUAAUAACAAUCUUGGGGUUAGAGAUUUGGAUUCGAGAUUUGGGUAUAGGGUCUAAGUCAGGGUCAAGGGUUCGAGUUCAUUGUCAAGGCUUUGAGUCUGUGUUCAGGUUCGGGUUUGGGUCCAGGCUUGGGGUCCGGGGUCGAGCCAACUCAGGGUUCGAGUCCAAUGCUAGGUUUCGGGUCAGGGUUCGGUUCCUGGGCUGGGUUUGGGUCAGGGUUCAGGUCUGGUGCCAGGUUUGGGGAUCGAGCUGGGUCUGGGGCUAUAACCGGAGUUCGGGUUCAGAUUCGAGGUCAAUGUCCGGAGCUCGUAUCGAGUAAGGAUGAAAAUUGCACGCGUGACGGAAAAUACACCCGUGGAUAUGGAGCCCGCUGGUACCCGCCCCUAAUGGGCGGAAAUUCUCCAUUUAAAUAGGGAAUGGGACAGGAACGGGGACAACUUUCUAUCCCUAAAUGUUAAACAGGGUGGGGAUGGGGAUAGCACCCCCGCCCCUAGAUGGACCCAUUUAUUUUUAUCUAUUUAUUUUAUAAUAUUAUUAUAAAUUAUUAUACAUCAUCUUUAUCUUUAUGAGUUUUGUAAUUUAUAAUUAGUAAAUUUUUUAAAUAUUUUCAUUUAUCUUAGAUAACAUUAAUUGCCUUUUUCUUUUGAACUAACAUUGAUUGCCAAUUUUAAAUUAUUUACAUAGGUAAUAUUUAUGCAUUUUAAUUUUUUUAUUCAUAAUUUUAUUUUUUAAAAAUAAGUAGGUUCCUCGUGGGUAUUACCCGCCUUAGUUUGGAUUCCUCGCCCCGCCUCUGAUAGAGAAUAUAUGGGGAUGAAGGUAGAAAUGGGUAUAAAAAUAGUUAAUGGGGAUAGGGAUGGAGAAUCAUUCUCCACCUAUUAUCCACCUAAUUUAAAUACCGAGGUAGGAGUGGGGUUGGAUGCAUGUCGUGUGGAGUGGAAUAUUGAAGUAUUUUUUUUAGUAAAAAAAAAAUCCUUAAAACAAUUUUCAGAAAACAUUAACUAAAAACGUCUUGUAUUUUAAAAACUACAAAAAGUAUUUUCUAUUCUUAUUUUUGAAAGCACAAUUUUGAAGACAAAAAACAAUGUAAAACACCCCGCUGAUAAAUUUUUUUAGUUUCUAACUAAACUAUUUUUUGGUUCAAUCUGAUUAUCUGAUACUGUGGGAAGAGUCCGUGCUCAUUAAUCUGUUAUUAUUUUCUAACCUCUAUUAGUAUGUUAUUUAGGAGAAAUUAUUUAAUUUAUUAUUUUUGUUUCUUGUGUUCAAUAUCUCUUGCCAAAAAAAAAAAACCUUCUGAAUAGGAUGAAGAUUGAAGAGUUGAAGACAGAAGAUGAAUUAAGAAGUUUUUUAUUUAGUUGUUCUAGAAUAUAGCUCUAAUUAUGUGAGUAGAUUAACUAUUUGUUUAUGCUAAAGGUUAACGGUAUAAUUUUAAAGGAGUUUUUUCAUUUUUAAAUUUUAAAGUAGUUUUUUUUAUGGAAAUUGACAUAGUAAUUUAAAUUCACAUAAUAUCAGAGCAAUUUAAACUAAAAAAAUUUAAAAAAUUGUAUAUGCAUUUUUUGCUCUGGCCAUAAAUUUUAUUUGUUUCUUAAAAUAAAAUGUCAAACUAAAUUUAAAGAUAUUUUAUACUGAUUUUUUUCUUUUGAGAAAAAAGAUAUUUCAUAAUUUAUCGGAGAUUAUUAUUAUUUAAUUAAUGAUAUUUUAUCAAUUAAUUAUCAUAUGUCUACACGGAUUAGAUUUAUAAUUCAAAAAUUUAAAUUCCAUUAAAAUACCGUCAUACCAACCUAUAAAUAUACAAAGAAGAAGAAACUCAAUUAACUACUUACUCAAUCGCUUAAUAAUAAUCAUCAUUAUUAUUAUUUUUACUACUAAUUACCAUGAUGAUGGUUGGUUCUACUAAGCGUAGUAGAAGUUUAUCAAGGACUAGGCUAAGCAAAUCUCGAUCAAAGGACAAUCAAAAUCAUGAAAAUGGUUUGAGUUUGCUUCAUAUAAAUGCUCGUAAAGGGGAUUUAAAAGAGGUAAAACGUCUCCUUAACGAUGAUCACGACCAAACAAUAAUCGACGUAAAUGUUGUUGCAUGCAACACCAAAUCCAAAGGGAUCACCCCUCUCCACCUAGCCGCGGAGGGGGGUCACAUCUCGGUCAUGAAGGAGCUACUUAAGCACGGGGCCAAUAUCGAUGCUGAAGUUAAGCAUGUUAAUAAUGGCGGCGGUGGUUGUGGAUGGACACCGCUCCAUUAUGCUGCGAAAGAGCGAAAGAGGGAAGCUGUGAAGUUUUUGGUUGAGAAUGGGGCCUUCUUAGCUUCUGAUAUUAAUGAUUUUAGGCAUAAUCCUCCUCUUUAUUAUUGUGUUGGACUUGAUUGGGCUUAUGAGGAGAAGGAACGUUUGGUACAAGAGAAGAUGAAUGCUUCCACAUCGUUCUUAUCAUCGUCUUCGUCUUCGACGUCUGAUUCUAGUUCUGGUUCUGGUUUUGAUUCUGAAGAGACUUAUUAUAUUAAUUCUUCAAGUGAAAUUAAUUAA